AGGGGCAGUUUCGUCAUAGAGGUAAAAUACGGUAGCACGUGACAAUCUCGUGUUUCUCUUCUCUUCUCCUAAAAAGAAGAAAAAAAAACCCCUCGCCAUCGCCGUGGGCGCCGGCGACACUCCCGGAUCUCCGGUGAGAACCCCGGCGGAUAGAGCGACUCCGGUGAGCCCGAAGCCUCUGGGGUUCGGGGCUCGCGAGGGCCACGGUGGGUGGCGGCAACGGUUGGUGAUUUGGAGGGCGAAUGCGGAGGAUGCGGCCGUCGUCGAUGGUGGCGCCGCCGGACGGGGUGCCGGAGUCGCUGAACAGCGACGGAACCAUCGACUCCAACGAGGACAUGACACAACACACCAUGAUGAUGGUGGAGCUAAGCGAAGUUCUGAAAACUCCUGAUGCAGAGAUGAAUAGGGGUUUCUUUGAUGCACCUCAACAGGAACUGGAGAAGAAGGCAUACUCACAGGAAGGAUGUGUUCAUGUGAAGGAGUUGCAGAGAGCAGGUAAUUAUGCAAAGAAGUCGCACACAGCAGGUGCUGAUGCAAAGAAGUUGCAUCCAUCAGCUGCUAAUGCUAAGGAAUCCCAUGCAGAAGAUAGCCAUAGUCCUUGUGUGCCACCUCAGGGAAAUUCGGAUUGUGAUUUGAUGGAUGAAGAGGAUAUUUUCGUGGAUGAUGAGGUGGUCUCUGUGGAUAUUGGACAGAGGGAUGAAGCCGACCCUCAAGAAGCAGCCUGGAAAAAUCAAAGUGAGGAACUCAAGGUGGAGCCUAUUUUGUAUGCUGACACUGCUGCUGCACAAACUCCAGUUGACGGUAACACAGAUUUUAAACUCAACAUUGUGUAUGACAAGGAAAAUCCAAGAAUCAAGGUAAAUGAAUAUUUCCCUACCAUGGAGGACUUCAGGAUGGCACUGAGACUGUAUGGAAUAAACAAGGGGUUUCAGGUGCACAAAGUGAAGACUGAUAAGACUAGGUAUAGAGCUGAGUGCAAGGCAACAGGCUGUCCCUGGAGAAUUGUGGCUCGCAAAUUGCGGGGCCUACCAGCUGUUGUGAUUACCAUGAUGCCUGCAGAGCAUAAUUGUAUGUCUUCUAGUAACCUUGUUACCUCAAUGGCAUCUCAAAAAUGGGUUGCACAGAGGGUUGUUGGUUGGUUGAGGGAGAAUCCAGAUCUUGGAGCAAAAGAGUUGCAAGGCAAACUGCAGGAGGUCUAUAAUAUUGAGGUUGGCUAUGCCACAGUAUGGGCUGGAAGGCAGAAAGCGCUGAACAAGGUUUUUCAGUCUUGGGAAGACAAUUUUCAGAUAUUGUACAAUUUCAGGGCUGCACUUCUUUCCAGGUCUCCAGGUUCAGUAGUGGAUAUUUCCACCAAGACGUGUGGAGCUGAUGUGCACUUCGACAAACUUUUCUUUGCUUUGCAGCCAUGCAUAGAUGGCUUCAAAAAUGGCUGUAGACCUGAAAUUGCUCUUGAAUUCACGGACUUGGAUGGUAUGUACUCGGGGAAAUUAGCAUGUGCUUGUGCCCUUGAUGGUCACAAUUGGAUGUACCCUGUUGCAUGGGCCAUUUUCGACUCCGAUUCAAAUGCUAACUUGACUUGGUUUAUGGAACAAUUGAAGAAGGCUAUUGGCCAUCUACCAGGAUUAGCUAUUUCCACAGAUGAAGGCAUGGGCUUUCAUGAUAAGAAUCUAGCUGAAAGUUACGAUGAAUGGACUAUGAACAUAAAGGACAUGCCUUUGGUUGACAUUGUUGAUAGGUUGAGGCAGAUGACAAUGGAGGUGUGGUACACGAGAAGUCAUGGGAGCAAGCUCUCUGGCAAUAUUCUCCCUGCAGUUAUUCAACAACUUAAUGCAGAAACAGCAAGUUUGAGAAACAUCAAGGUCUGUAGGUGUGGGUUGCAGACUGGUGAAGUUUCAGGCAACUCUCAGGACAUGAUGCCGUGGAGGCACGUGGUGGACUUGAACGAGCACACCUGCAGCUGUGGAGAGUGGCAACUAACCUGGAAGCCCUGCCUUCAUGCUCUGGCUUGGAUUACUACAGAGACAGAUGCAGACAUCGAAUCCUUUGUCCAUGACUACUAUUCUGUAGAGAGAUUUAGGGCCGCAUAUAGUGGUAUGGUUCCACCCAUGCCAGACAAGUCACAGUGGCCUCAAGUGGACCCUGGUUUCAAGCUGUUGGCACCGUUGUCGAAACAAGGAGCCGGGAAGAGGAAAUACACGAAGGCAAACCAGGAACCAGGUGCUAGUGAGCAGCAUCAGUUGGAGCAAUAUGGAGAAGUUGAACAUUGCGAGAAGGGCUGCACACUGCAUUGCCCAAAGAAGAGAAAGAGAUGUCAAGCUGAAGAGAGCUGGAAGGCUGAGGAUGACGCUAGCUGGGAUGGUGCUAGCUGAAACAAUACCUCCAAGCGCCAUCCAUUGCCAAGGGAUGGUAGAUUGACGGGAGGUGAAGAUGCUGGGGUACCUCAGCUACCACAGCACCUAUUUCGUACUGUUCAGUGAAGGAGAUUUUAGGAUUUAGUUGCCAACUUGCCAUGUCAUCAUCGAGCUCAGUUACCGUUGGAAGAACUUCCUCUGUAGCUGGCUGUGUAUGUAUGCAUGGUUGACUAGAAUGAAGCUUGGAUGAAACUAAGCAGAGGUCCGAAAUGUCUGAUGUUAAAGAAUCAGCAAAGUAGGUUUUAGGAUUUAGUCGUCAUCGAGCUUACUGUCGAGCUGAACUUCAUCUGUAGUUGGCUGUGUGGGUACGCAUGGUUGAACUAAGUUUCUUUGAAAGAAACUACGGCAAACCCUGGGGUUGCCUGAACUUUAUUAAUACCGAGACAGAUAAUUACAAA